AUGCUCUUCAAUAUUCUCGCCUACUUGGCGUUGAUCGCUGGAGUUUCUUAUCUAGCCCUCACAUUUCCCAGGCUGCGGCAAGAGUGGAAGCUCUACUCACAUCGAUCACAGCUUCCCCCGGGUCCCAAGAUCAUCAAAACAGGGAUCCGAAAGCCAUGGCUUUGGUUCCAGGAAUUGAGUAGGGAGUAUGGCGACGUCGUCUACCUCCAGAUGGGUCCGACGCCAACCAUCGUUUUGGGCUCAGCCCAAGCGGCAUGGGACCUCCUCGAAAAAAAGGGCUCAAUCUUUUCGUCACGCCCGCGCUUCAUCAUGGGCGGCGAGCUCCUCUCUGGCGGCAUGAGGGGCCUGAUGGCCUCUUACUCCCCCUUCUGGCGGCGAUGGCGAAAGCUCCUGCACAGCGGCUUCAUGCAGCGGCAGAGCGAGACGUACCGGCCGGUGCAGAGUCUGGAGUCCAAGGUGCUUAUGCAUGAGCUUCUCAUGAGUCCCGAAGACUUUCGAAGGCACCUUGAACGAUAUGCGGCAUCUGUUAUUGUGACGGUGACGUACGGCAGGAGGGUGGAGGACAUUACCACCGAUAUCGUUGUCCAACGCAAUGCUGAGUCAAUGGGACGCCUGACAUCGGUCAACAUUCCAGGAAAGUUUGCCGUAGAGAGAUAUCCUGUUCUUAAGUACAUCCCCAGCUUCUUGGCUCCUUGGAAGGCCGAGGUCUUAAAGCAGAGGCAAAAGGACAUCCAGAUGUACACUGAGCUCAUGGACGAGGUCCGCGAAAAAGUCAGUAGAGGCGUUGCGCCUGAGUCCUUCGCUAGACACCUGCUCGAAGAGCAAUCCAACCUGGGCAUGUCAGAUCUCGAAAUAGCCUACACGGCAGGCUCACCAUUCGGAGCUGGCGUCGAGACGUCGGCCGGAUCUCUAGCCAGCUUCAUACUGGCUUGUGCCAAAUUUGGCCCGCAGUUCAUACCAAGAGCGCAAGAGGAGCUUGACAGAGUUGUCGGAGGCGACCGGCUGCCCAUGUUUGAUGAUCUGAAUAAGCUCGAGUAUGUUCGUGCGAUAGCUGCGGAGACGCUACGCUGGCGGCCUGUCGCCGUGCUCGGUGGCACUCCCCAUGCGAGCACCGCGGAUCAUCUCUACAAGGGCAUGUUCAUCCCAAAGGGUAGCACCGUUAUCGCACCUUUAUGGAGCAUUCAUCUUAACGAAGCAGACUUCCCAGAACCUCAUGAGUUCAGGCCUGAGCGAUUCUUGACUGAACGCGAAUACCCUGGCACCUUCGGUCACAGUGCCUUUGGAUGGGGCCGUCGGAUCUGCCCCGGCAUGCACCUUGGAUCUGCGUCCGUAGCCUUGAAUAUUGCGAGGAUCCUCUGGGGAUUUGAAGUCAACCCUGAAACGGACGAAAAGGGCAGGGACGUCGAGGUGGACAUCUUUGCAUACUCGGAUGGCUUCAAUUCGAGUCCACUACCAUUCCCUUGCUCAAUUACGCCUAGGUCACUGAAGCAUGCUCAGGUGAUUGAGCAGGAGCACGGGGAAGCUUUGAAAGCGUUGAAAGAGUAUGCCGUGAUCGAGAGCAAGUUGUCUUGA